AUGGGAAACUCAGAAUCUGUACCUAGAGAGAGACCGCAGCAGCAGAGGUCGUCGAAGCUGGACCUGCUGGCUUUGCAGGAAAAGUACGAUGCCUUUCGCAUCACCGAGGACCGCGAGACCGACAGUAUGAUUGUUGAGAGAAACACUGCAUACAACGAUGGAGGUAAAGUCAGCUUCUGGAUACUUGUUAUCCACUAUUCACCAGGUCAAGAAACCAUGCGACUAACAAUCAAUGAUCAAACAGAUCAAGUUCGCCCAACACGCCAAACCCACGUCUCGGGCGCCAAAACCGAAGCUCUCAUCCACACCAUCCUCCAAGAUCCAAAGAACCGUCUCGCUCUUUCGGCACUGUCAACAGCAAAUCCGGCCCAAGUGCUCGAAAAGCCAUCAGCCAUUCUCAAAGACACACAGACCUUCAAUGUCGCCAUCCCCUUCGAGGGCUCCCCCGUCACCAACCAGCGCAGCUCGGGCAGAUGUUGGAUCUUCGCCGCCACAAACGUGCUCCGUGUCGCCAUUAUGAAAAAGUACAAUAUCGAAAAGUUUGAGCUCAGUCAGGCGUACCUGUUCUUCUGGGACAAGGUCGAGAAGAGCAAUUUCUUCCUCGAGAACAUCUUGGAGACGGCAGACUUGCCUGUUGAUAAUCGUCUUGUUGCGACGCUGAUGGAUUCGCCGGUGAGUGAUGGUGGACAGUGGUCGAUGAUCCAAAACUUGGUUGAAAAGUAUGGGUUGGUGCCACAGACGCUAUACCCAGAUUCGUUCAAUGCUAAGCACUCAGCCGUCAUGGACCGUCUUCUGACGACCAAGCUCAGAGAAGAUGCUCUGCGUUUGAGAGCACUCAAGAACUCUAGCUCCAGUACUGCAGAAACUUCUGUCGCAGCAGCCAAAGAGCAGAUGAUGCAGGACAUUGUCAGGAUUCUGACACUUACGCUGGGUCGUCCUCCUUCGUCGUACACCAAGUUUACCUGGGAGUUUUACGACAAGACCGACAAGCUCAAGACCGUCAAGAUGUCCCCAAAGGAGUUUGCUAGUAGCUUGAACGAUACCCACGGACUGCGAGCCCUGGGUGGGACUGAUGUCCACAGCUUGUUCAGUCUGGUCAAUGACCCUCGCAAUGAGUUCAACAGACUGCUGACCGUCGACUUUCUCACCAAUGUCUCUGGUGGUAGAUACGUUACCUACGUAAAUGUCGACAAGCCAGUUUGGAAAAAGGGCGCCAUUGAGAUGCUCAAGAAAGGCUGGCCAGUGUUCUUUGGAUCAGACGUGGGCAAGUUCAGCGACUCCGCAUUGGGCAUUAUGGAUCCGGAUCUUGUUGACUACGAGCUCGGCUUCAACGUCAAGUUGGGUAUGUCCAAGGCAGAAAGACUCACAUCUGGUGAGAGUGCGAUGACCCAUGCGAUGGUGUUGACCGCGGUACACCUGUCACCCUCCGGGGAGCCGAUCCGCUGGCGUGUCGAGAACUCCUGGAGCGAGGAUGCUGGAACCGAUGGAUAUUUUGUCAUGUCGGACAAGUGGAUGGACGAGGUAAGUUUGCUUCCAUUCAAUCGUCAAAUCGUAUUUGCUGAUCAAAUGGUCUUACCUUGCAGUNUCUGUUACCAAGUUGUCGUUGAUCCCAGCUGUGUCAGCCAAGAUGUUAGAGAUAUACUCAAGCAGGAUCCAAAGGUGUUGGACUUGUGGGAUCCCAUGGGUGUCCUGGCAUAG